GAUAAAGCAAAUAAAAGUGAGAAAGUGACAAGCGGGAAAACGUGUGUAGAAAACAAGCCGUGGAUAGACAGAGGGUGUGACUCCGCCUAUUGAUCAAACACCAUCCUCCUCCCUUUUGUCUAUUCUCCAGUUUGUUAACUUCUCUAAAAGCCGCGUGGACUUCGGGCGAGCCGCUCAAACCUUUUGGCAGGCCUUCGUUUCAUUUCGUGGGAUUUUGGCGCAUCUGGACUCACCCGGUCCACCAACAAGGCAACAGACUUUCCCCCUCCUUUCUCAGAAGUUCAUGGAGUCUUUGUGGAAAUCAUUUAUUGUCAACACAGCAGCGAGGUCUGGAGUUGUAGCAACGCAUCAUCAUAGAAAAGUAACUACAUGAUGAGCAGCCAGUCGAUGCACACCGUCGUUGACCCAGUGUUUCGCAGCAAGAUGCCAUUAUUUGAUGGGACUAUAGCAUCCACAGGGCUGUCAAAACCACAAAACAUGUCUGGUUUUCUGGGUAAGCAGAUGCUGCAGUACAGCGGGGCCUACUUCACUUGUGAUCCCAGAGGAAAGGACGGAGCAGGAUUCACUCCUCCUUGGAGCAACUCAAAGACCUCCCUGCGUGAUGGCAGAAGUCCUGUGAGUCACCUCUCUGGCAUGGAGGGACAGAAACACAUCAUUUACAGGCAAGACAGCAAUUCUUCUGAGGAAGGCCAUUCUUCCUCUCUGCAUCACAGCCCAGUAAAACAGGGCUUCACAAUAUACACUAAAAGCCCUGGGAUCAGCAGUCCCACAGCCGCUGCAGCAGUUAGAAAACAAAAAAGUGGAGGUGAGAAUUCAUCUCCUCCUCCUGAAAACUCUGUUUACUUAGCAAUUCCUAAGCCACUUUAUGUGCACAACCCCUGCUGUAAUGAACUGGGUUGCAUGAUUGGACAACGAUACAGUGUGGAACAUGGCUCUCCGAGGAUACCGAACACCGUAUAUGAGCAUGAUUGGAUGCAAACGGAUGCUCACUACUCUGAAAGUCCGCCCAUCCAGAGGAAAGCACAAGAAGCACUGCUGCAACAGAGAGGUUUGCAGUUUGACCCCAGUGCAGAGCCACUAAAGAGGGUCACUGUGGAAGCAUACAGCCCAAGCAGAGCAAGGACUUUUCCUGCUAUGAUUGACCCAAACUACAGCAGUUAUCCCUGCACCCCCACUCGCACACUGUUCAGUUCUCUGAGUGAGCACAGCCAGCGUUUACAGACUUCCCCCAGAGGCUACCCUAGCUUACACCCCUCCCAUCCCACAUAUGAGCAUAUGACCUCAGAGGGACAUUCUCCCAUGUCCAAAUAUGGCCAGCUAACACAGCACCCGAUGUUUUAUUACUCCCAGGCCAAUGUGGAGGUAGACGACAGGACACGGUGUAAGCAGAGAGAAGAUGUGCCUGUUAUUGUCAAACACACAAUCUCAAACCCCCGGGAGCAUUACAUUGUGCCUCAGUCUCUUCAUGAUGAAAUUCCUUUGCCUUUGCCUAGCUCUGACACGUUGCCAAGUCAUGCCUUGAUGCGGGGUUUUGACUAUCCAUGUUAUGCACUUCCCAGAUUUCAUUUAAGUGCAAACCAAGUCAGAGCUCCCCUAAAAAGGCAACGUGCAUCGCCUAGCUUGCACUCUAAUCGCAUUAAUACUUCCCCAUCCAGACAAUACAUGGAGCACCCAUUGGCCUCUGCAACGAGUCUACACAAGGACAAACCCAACACCAGCCUGCACGUUCACCAAACACACAGCAACUCACCAUUCCUCCGGGUAGAACAAACUAGUCCUACCAGACGUGUGAGCCAUCCUGGCAUCUCACCAUCUGGCAUACAAAUCAACAGAUUUUACCCCCACCUUCAAAGCUUGCACCUAGACCGCCCUGUCUUUCCUCCAAGUGCCUUGAACAUAGACAGAAUCCUGGACUAUUCAUCCUGUGAAGCCAAGGUUACGUGCCCGAAACAGCCAAAAAGCCUUCCUGUUUCCCCAGCAGCAUGGCUGCCCCGGUCCCCUAACCACAGUUCCAAUCGAGUCCAUGCAGCUGUACCUCAUAGUCCAAAUGUCCGAAAAAUAAUUUAUUCCCCUGCUGCUGCAGCAGGUGCUGCUGUUCUUAAAGGGUGCCUGAAGAGAAGUAUGUCUCACUCAUCUUCACCCAUCAGAAUAAAAGAAGAGGAUAGGGAUUUAUGGGAAGUGGAACUCAUUAAGAAACAAAAAAAGGUAGAAAUGGGGAAUCCCGAAGAAGGAAAUAAAACAGGCUCUCCUCCUAUGCCAGUUAUUGAUAACGUCUUCAGUCUGGCACCAUACCAAGCAUACCUGAAGGCCUCUGGUGUGUUAUUUCCAGGCAGAACACCACAGAGAACCACCCAGUCCUCUGAGCACCUUGAAGUCCAAACCAAGCCAGACAUCAAACAGAAAAGCCCAGGUCAAGAUAAACCGCAGCCUUUUUCCAAAAAAAUCUGUGCUGAUAUUCCACUAGAGAAGCCUGUUGUAGAAAUAUUUGAACCCAAGAAGAUUAAAGUGGAAAAAGGAAAUCCAUCAGACACAGAUGAUGACGUAGAGACUCCUGUUAGAGAGAGUGGCUGCAUUAGAGUAUCAGUCAAAAAAGAGCCUGAAGAGAAUGUUUCAUCCAACAUGUUGGUGAUAAAGAAAUGUGAACCUGAUGAACUUGAAUGUAAACCCUCAUUAGCAGAUGAAACUGAGACAUCACAUGAGUCCAAGGUGACCUCACAGAUGAAGUCAUCUUCCCGUUGUGAUAAAUGCACACUGCAAGAUCAGGUGGGCACCCUGAAACCCAAAUCCAUCACUCCACCUCAACCACCUGAGAGCAAACGAGAUUUCAAAAACAUUCCUCCCCAGUGUCUGAAACUUUCUAACUACAAUAUACUUCUCCAUGAUACGAAGCUUGCUCGCCCUGCUCCACCCCCUGAAACACCACCUGCACAGCCAAUAACUGAAUUCAGAGCAAAACGAGAGGUUCAAAUGCCAAUCCGCAAGCACUUCCUUGAGUUGCACCAAUCCCUCUGCAAGCUAAUAUCCGACUAUGUGAUGGCCUCUUCAGAACAGGAGCUCAGAAGCUGGUUGUCUCAGUUGGAACUGACUGAACCAGCAUCUCCUUCAGUCAAAGUUCAGAAAGUGUCUUGUCUGUUGGGGGUAAGAGCCAGAGAGGUGUGGCUCAAUGAGGAGAUGAAGUCAGCGCUCCAUAAGAUAGUGGAGAGGUUGAGAGAGUACACAGCCCAGGAGCGCUGUCCUUUCCCACAUGUCAUGCGGACUGGGGCGGUGUUCCUCCCCAUGCUGGUGGUGAAGGAGCUGCUGUUUCCGACGGUGCAGGGCAGCUUCAUUGACCAGGUCCUGCAGGAGCACCGAGUGGAGCUGCGACCCACAACACUCUCCGAAGAAAAAAUCCUCAUCCAGCUUCAUAAGCGAGCCUGUUCCUCCAGACUCAGGAGACUGAUGUCCCUCAAACACCUGCCUGACAUCUACACAGAUGUGGUCAACCUUUUGUAUCACGCCUGUGUCUGCAAACAUCUAGGAUUAGACAGAGAUGAUCCUGCUGACAGAGAAAAAGAUGAAGGUUGUGAGGAGACUAUCAGCUGCAGAACUCCUGAAUUUUCAGACAUCACUGCUUCUGACUCACAGAGUCAUCCGAAGGACCAGGAAACAAAAUCAGAUUUUGGGAAGAGUACAACAAAAAGCAGGGUAAAAAGCAGCUCAAGGCGCUUGUUUCUAGACAGCAGUUUGUCAGAUGAGGAAGAGGGAGAUGAGACUUUAAGUGAAGACGUGCUGAAUGCAUUUAGUGAGAGAAACUGGAGUGGCCAUCAAUCUGAAGAGAAUGAGGAUAGAGGAAGUGACCUUGUGGUUGCAGAGCAGGAUUCUUCACUCAGUCCACUAAGCACAACUGAGAAUUCAUGGAUGUGUCCUCUAUCCUUGGACAAACUUUCUCCGUCUCAAAGUGACACAGAGACAGAGGAAUACUCCAGUCUGCAGCCGGUAAGAUCCAAAUCUCCAGUUAGAUCCAACAAUUGUUCAGGCGUGAUCCUCAAACUGAGGCGGAUGUUUACUAAAGGUCUGCACAGAAAAAAGGCCCGCUACCAAGCAGUCUCAGACUUGGGGACAGUUGCUGCUCCUUCUCUCUCACAGACUGGUGACGGGGAGGGAGAAGAGAGCAGCGGGAGAGACCUUCAAAGGAGGACACCCAAAAUAACCCAGAGGUGGCAGAAAACGGGAAGCUUCUCUCACGCCUUAAGACCCCUGAGCAGCCGUUCUCAAAGAAAACACAGAUCCCUAAAGAUCAAAUACUGUCCCUACUUGUCUGCCUGCCACAGCGCUGAACACAGGAGGAGAUGGGUUCUGCGUUCAGCUGUGCAGAGGGCUCAGGGGGCCAUGAGGAUCUCCUACCCAGACCUGGUGGGAAAGAAGAUUCGCCAUCUGUAUGAAGAAGACGACAAAUCAGAAGUGUGGUACAGAGGGGAAGUUUUGCGUAUACACGAGGCCAACACCAACCCUCUAAAGACUAUAUUUGAGGUCCGGUAUGACAGCGAGCCUGAGUGGAAGUACUACCUAGAGCUACUGAUAGACUAUAAAAAAGGCUGGCUCAAAAUUGAAGACUAGUUUCCCCACACAAAUGUACAGGUGCCAUUUUUGCUUUUGUCACUGAGUGUGGGUUUCUGUCUUUUUUAAAAACGUACAAACAAAUGAUAAGCCCUAAAUAUCUGCGUGGCCUCCUCAGGAAUGAAGUUGGACUGGAUAUUUUUUAUAAUGAGGUCAGUUAACAUUCUUUGUCACUUGAGAGCUACAGGGUGCAAGUUUUGGGACUGACUAUAGCCAACGUGGAACAUCCUGUCAUGUUUUUUUGUGCUUAUCAUCUAUGACACAUCUAUCAGUAGCUUUUCUGGUUUCGACACAAAGUAGAUAACAGCCGUGUGCAAAAAAAGUUGCUACAACCUUGCUUGAUUUGAAAGGUAUGCAAAAAAAAUUUUUUUUAAAUCACAAGUUAUUUAACUUAAUUGUAAGCCAACUAUGAAGUUGGGUACUUGUCACCAUUCUCCAAUUUUCUGGUUUAAAAAAAUGGGAUUCUGAGUGAAGUUGUUGAUAGUUUACCAUUUUAAAUUUUCCAGUAAAAACUAAGAAACCAGCAAAUGACAUGAAGAAAUUUAUAAAAGGGUUUUACUAUCAAACAGUUCCAGCUGCAUGUAUAUAGGUUUACAGUAAUAGUGCCAGUUAUGUACAUUAUUAUAGCAAAGAGUGACUUUAACCUUGAUGAUUGUGGUUUUGUUGUGUGUACCUGAGGCUGGACAGGCAUUAACGUAGUUCUGUACUAAGUUGUUCAGGAGGCUGAGAUGUCCCCAUGUCAUAGCAUUUGAAUCACUGUGAACCAUAAGACUUUCACCUCAAAUCAUGUUUUAAUUUUUUUAUAAUUUUCUUAUACUUCUGCUUAAAGCAAUAUUCUUACAGUUGUCUGAAAUAAAAUGUUUGUUUUUUGUAAUGCUGUUGAAAGUUG